UUACGCAUCUUUGAUUUUAGUGUAGACUCGUAGUUACUUAAAAAUGUCGGAAGACGAAAGUACACGUGCUAAAGUUGGCCACACUCGUGUGCAGUGGUUUUAUGCAGCUUUUGCGUCCACCACAUUCAUGACGUACGGGCUGCAGGCUGGAUGGAUAUCCCCCAUGACAAAGGUGCUGCAGUCCGAAGACUCUCCAACUGGGCCGCUGACGGACACUCAAAUUUCCUGGGUUGGCAGUAUCCUCCCGCUAACAGCAACGUUUUGUGUCGCUCUGUACGCGUACAUAGCAGAUGCUUACGGGAGAAAAUUUGGAGUCAUAGCCAUUGCUGCACCUCAAGCGAUAUGCUGGGCAAUAAAACUGACAGCGACCAACCCGACAAUACUCAUCAUAGCCAGGGUCAUGGCAGGCAUACCCGCUGGGGGAUGCUUCAACCUAAUCCCUAUGUACGUGAAGGAGAUUAGCCAAGAUGACAUCAGAGGGUCCGUGGUCUCCAUGUCGUUAUUGAUGCAGAACUUUGGACUGUUAAUCAUUUACGCCAUGGGAAGCUACUUGGGAUAUUACACAGUGGUGUAUAUAUUGAUUGGCAUACCGAUUGUGACAGUGGUGGUGAUGCUGUUUGCCCCGGAAUCGCCUGCUUUUUUGGUUAAGCAGGAACGGUUUGAGGAAGCUGCUCAGACAGUGGCAAGACUCAGAGGCUUGGACGUUGAUAGCAAAGUUGUCAAAAAUGAAAUGGAUUAUAUGAAGAAUGAGGAGAAACAAUAUAGUUCUCUACCUACAGUAACAUUUUUGAAUAUUUUCAAGAACAAGGCAUGGCGUCGCGGCUUCUUCCUCGUCUUGGCUAUACUAUCAGCUCAGGCAUUCAACGGCAACUUCGCCAUCCUGACGUACGCAUGGACCAUCAUGUCAGAGUCAGGAGUGACAGCCAACCCGGAGCUGACGUCACUGGUCGUGCCCAUGCUGAUGAUUUGCGGAUCCACGGUGUCGAUGAUGUGUGUGGAGAGGUUUGGGAGAAAGAAGCUCCUGACCGUCACCUACUCCGUAACCGUAGUCGCAAUGAUCACCCUUGCCACCACGCAGCUUCUCCGCUCCCAGGGUUGGAUUCUACCCUCUUGGCUGCCAGUGAUAGCCAUAGCAGCUUCAGUCUGGGCAUACGCUGCAGGUGUCACUCCGAUGGUCUACGUAAUCAUGUCAGAGAUGUUUAGCUUUCAGGUGCGAGCAAAGCUCAUCGGCCUGUUGGUGACGUACGGCUGGUUCAUAUCCUCAACCCAAGUAUCCAUCUUCACGCCCAUCGCAAAUUCUUUCGGCAUGUACACCCUUUUCUACAUGUUCGCGGCCGUCAACCUUAUAGGAGCUGUUCUGACCUGUGCGGUCAUUCCAGAGACAAAGGGUAGGAGCAUAGAGCAGAUAGAGCAAAUCUUGACGGCUAAAUAGACUGGCUAGAUGAAAUAAUUGGAUAAAGUUUUGUGACCAUGGCCUUUGGAUGGUUUAAUAGAUAAUUCACUGAUAGUCUGAUAGCCAAUGGCAAGAUCAUUGUGAAUGCUCAACAAGUGAUUUGGUUUAUGAUGAUUAAGGAUGUUUUCAUCUUCAACAUCAUAACGACAAUGCUGUCAAUUGUGAAAAUCAUGAAAGUAGGAAGUAGGAAAGGGUGUGAGGGGAAAGUAAAAUUUUCUAGUUCAAUUUAACAUAGGUAAUAUUAAUUCAUUAGAAGCUUAAGAGCGUAAAAUACCUAGUUAAUCAUUCCAGUUUAGCAAAUAUACAAUUAGAUACAGAAUCGAUCUCAUUUACUCAUGCAUACUACUUACUCGAAGUUAAAUACCUAAUGAUUUAUUUAUUUUAUGUAAUUCUAGCUACAUUACUUACUUAUUGUAUUACUUUGUA